AUGGCUAUUCCAGACGACAUACCCAGCUCCAUCACCACACCCCAUCUCUUCGCCCACAUCUAUGCCACGCACGCCCAGAAAAUCAUCGAUGAGCACAUCGCAACAGAUCAAAAGGACAAAAUCAGUCGCGCCAAAAUUGAGUUUGAUAUCAUUCAUGUGAUGGACGAUGAUCCAGAUCUGCCGUUGAAGUAUAAGAUGUCUUGUACAAGCAUGAUCCUGCAUACAGAUACCUUUGAACCUUUCUGGGGCGAUCAGAAACUGUCAUACAGUCUAUCCGCAAAAUCACUCAAGAGGUUGAAGCCGGAUUACAGACUCAUUGACCGGCUUCCAUGUCCCACUGUCGAGGACUCAACUGCGCUUGCACCUUUGCAGAGUCUGACGGAUAAGCAAGGUAACUCCCGAAACCAGCCAACAACGGCCAAAAACAAAGGAAAAGGCGGACGUGGCCUAGCUGCUCCCGCAAAGGCCAACGGUAAAGCACGUAGGAAAGUGACGGCAGCAGCAGCAAAUCGAAAAAGGCGAACCGUCGCUCAAAAGGCGCCCAAGACAGCAAAAGCUGCUACGGGCAAUGGAGUAUCGAAGCCAAACGCAAACGCGAAUGCAAAUGGGACUGUUGGUACUACCACGACUGCCCCAGCAACAACUGCUUUGCGGACUAGACGCCCCGUGGGGAAGACUGCUCGUGAAGCGUACGUGGAGCAUAUGGCCAAGGGAGAUGACAUGCAUUUGCGUGGUCCCACGAGCGAUGAGGAGGAGUCGACUGCUGAUGAAGAUGGUAGUGACAGCGAGUGA